GAUCGACUAUUACAAUAGUGAAGAAAAGACAAAGAUUCCCAAACAACAGUGGAUGAAAGAGAACAUUUAGGAGGAUUACUGGGAAAAAGGCACUCAGUCCAGAAAGAGUAAAGAACAGUGGUUUAAUGUGAACGUCAAUAUUAUCAUGGACCGCAUGAGACACAAUAAAUCAGACCUUCAUGUUCUUCAGUGGAGAGUCGGUUGUGAAGUUGAGCAGCAGGGAGAUGAAGUGAAGUUUCUCAAAGGCAUUGAUGAGUACGGCUAUGAUGGAGAGGACUUCUUGUCUUUUGAUGUUAAAGAGUCUCAGUGGGUCGCUCCAGUUGAAGCAGCUCUACCAACCAAGAGAAAAUGGGACAAUGUACCGAUUCUAAACCAAUACAUCAAAGGAUACCUGGAGAAAGAAUGUGUGGACUGGCUCAACAAAUUCAGAGAAUAUGGAGACAAGAAGCUCAGAAAUGGCUCUCCUCCAAAUGUUUAUGUGAUUGAAAAGAAGAAUACCAAUGAUGAAACCAAGCUGAAACUCACCUGUCUGGCCUCUGGCUUCUACCCCAAAGACGUGAUGAUGAUCAUUAGGAAAACUCAGACAUCUCUGCCUGAAGAUGAGAUUGAAUCCACAGGAAUCAGACCUAACCAGGAUGGAUCCUUCCAGAUGAGGAAGAGUGUGGAGAUCAAGAAGGAGGAAAAAGAUGAAUAUGAUUGUUUUGUGUACCACAGAUCCCUCAAAGAGCCAAUCAUCGUCAAAUGGGAUGGACAAUAGGCUUCUCUCCGGUGACGGUAAUUGGAGUUACUUUCAUUUGACACUGGAAGCGGCUGCAUUGGAAACUGGUUUAACAUGCGGUUUAAGCUCUACUUAAAUUCAUAUUAACACUAUGUGAUGUUUGUGAUUCCUGGCUAUGGUGUGUGUGUGUUUUUUGCAUGUAUCCUAUAAUCUGUAAUCUGUAUGAUUAUAGGAUUUAUAAUCUGUAUCAUGUAUAAUCUGAUAAUCAGACUGAAAAGCCUUCAUGUAACUGAGCUUUUUAAAUUUCAUGUAGACCUGAAAUAAUCCGGUAACACUUUAUUUUACAGUGCCGUAAUUGCAUGUUACUACAUCUAUUUACUAUAGUAAUAACAGUAAAUUAUGCAUAACUAACCCUAAACCAAACCCUACCCUACAUGUAGUUAAUUAAUAGUACUCAGUACUUAUGUGAGUAAUUCCAAUUUAACUACAGCACUGUAAAAUAAAGUGUAACCAAUCCUAUAAAAUGUAAAAUAUGGCUAUUUUCUCAAUUGUAUUCAAAAAUACCUUGCACAAUGUCAUUUGUAUGUUUACAUACAUUUUACAUCUUACAAUAUGUGCAUCUAACGAACAUCUCACAUCUUCCAAAGUGGUCAGUGGAGGACACUGAAUAUUUAUUAAAUGUUUGUUUAAAAGCUCUUCUGUCAGAUAUGUCAGCUUUCUUGAAAGAUGAAAACAUUAUACUCUCAUGGUUUUGCUUCUCAUGACUGUUGCUCAUCUUCACUAAUGUUUAUCUGAUAAAUACACACUAACACUUAUUUGUUUAAAAAUUUAAGAACAUCAUAUAAAACUAUCUAACGAUCGGUAACUCUGGAAGUCUUUCUUUAUUGUAAAUAUAUUAUUAAUAAAUGUAUGUAUUCACUGAACAUUGAACUGUCCAUCAAGUGCCGAUUUUAAAAGUGUGUAAGAUUAAGGGUUUGACUGACUUCCUAAACUUGCUUUGUUGGCUGUUGCCAAUCAGUAAAAUUCACACACUUCAACAGGGAACGUUCCCAUAACUUUCACUAGUGUUCUUUAUAAGUUGUGUAAAUGUUAAGACAAAAAGUUCUUAAAAUAAUGUUUAAAGAAUAUUCUAAUAACAUUAUUAAUAUGAGAGAAAACAUUUUUAGAAAAACGUUGUUGGAACAUCCUUAUAAUGUUUUUAUUUGCUGAAUGUUUUCAUAAUGUUAUUAUAAAACGUUCUGAGUAACAUUCAUGAAACGUCCUUAUGUUGUUGUUUUUACUUGAACAUUCUCAUAACAUUG